AUGGAUGUACAAGCAGCAUUCUCUCAAUUGAGCUCUAUUAGUGCUCAGAAAGAUAAAUCAACCGCAUACUCUGAGCUCCUGCAAAACAUCUUGAAUUUGCCCCAAGAUCAGAUCCCCGCUGCGCUCCUUACAUAUGUUGGCCUCAUUGUCAAUCGUGACCAGCCGGGCAUUGUCGUCGCACGACAAGUACUCUCUGAACUAGCUGGGGCCCUUGAAAAGAACAAAGUUGAAGAUAGGGAAGCGCGUAAGAAAGUAAUUCAAGAUGUUCUGGAUACUUUGCAACCGAGGUUAGUUAGUUAUGAGGAACAGACGGCCGCACUGCGACUUCAAAUGGCCUCUUUGUUGGAAGAAGAAGAGGAAUGGGUCGAAGCAGCACGCGUCCUGAUGGGCAUCUCUCUUGACUCUGGUCAUAGGCAGGUCUCAUCCGAGGAGAAGCUCCAAAUUUACAUUCGCAUUGUUCGGCUACUUCUUGAAGAAGGAGAACAUGCCCAAGCCGACACAUACUGCAAACGCGCUGCGCUACUUAUUCCCAGCACCAGUAACCGGGAGCUCCAGCUUUCCUUCAAACUUAGCCAAGCACGUAUUGCAGAUUUCAAUAGGCGAUUCUAUGACGCCGCUUUGCGUUACAACGAGUUGAGCUGGGUUCCAGAGCUUGAUGAAGACGAUCGAGCCAAUGCUCUCAGUGCUGCCGUGACUUGCGCUGUACUUGAUCCCGCGGGUCCUAAACGAUCCCGACUUCUUGCCACUCUUUUCCGUGACGAACGAGCACCCUCACUAGAGAACUAUACCAUCCUCAAGAAGAUGUUCAACGAACACAUCAUCCGCCCCGACGAAGUCAAGGGCUUUGAGGCCACCCUAAAACCACAUCAUCUGGCUCGAGUAGCACAAUCCCAAAACGAUAAACUGGCGGCACGCAAAGCCGCAGCGGACAAUGACGGCGACACAGACAUGACCGAUGCCGACACACCACAAAGUACACGCACUGGGCCUACUACGGUGCUCGACAAGGCCGUGCUCGAGCACAAUUUGCUUUCCGCGUCCAAGAUAUACAAUAACAUCACGUUUGCCGGCUUGGGAGCGUUGCUGGAUCUUGCGCCUGCUGCCGCAGAGACUAUGGCUCGGCGGAUGAUUGGAGAAGGCCGGCUACAUGCGUCGAUCGACCAAGUGGCCAAAUUAAUUUCAUUUGAUCAUACGCAUGAUGCCCGCCAGGACGAUGCUGCUGGAGGUGCUGGGGGUUUGGGAGACGUGGUACAGGAAGUCGAAGAUACUGGGGCGCCGGAAACAGAUAAAUGGGACCUGCAAAUCCGCAAGUCGGCUUCCAGUGUCGAAUCGAUUGUCCAAUACCUGCGAGAGAAACAACUCGUUUCUGUUUCUUAA